AGAUUAAAGAGGAACAGGAGCUGUGGACCAGUCAGGAGGAAGAGCAGCUCCAUGGACUGCAGUCUGAAACUACAGACUCCAUGUUCACUUCUACCAGUGUGAAACACGACUGGGAUCAGGAAGGCUUAUCUGAAUGUUCACAUCUUGACCAAAGUGUUAAAGUGGAGAACAGAGAAGGAGACUCUCUACCCAGCAACACAACUGAGGAGCAAAUCAAAGCAGAGCCUGAGGGACAAGACUAUGCGGCACCAGAACCAGGCAGUGACUCUCAGCCCCUCUCUAUUGUAGCUCCAGACUGUCCUACAGCUCAGAGUUUGGAGGAGGAGGAACAUGGAGGAGUGCUGCUUCUUCUGAACAGGACACAAGACAGUGAGGCUCUGCCAAGGGAAAAUAUGCCAAAGAGACGUCACACAGGAAAAACAAUACAUCAGUGUCAAGAAUGUAACAAAAAACUUUGUGGAAAACGAGCUUUGGUUUUUCAUAUGAUGACACACACAGGAGAGAAACCUUUUCAGUGUCAACAAUGUAAGAAACGGUUUGCUCAGAAGAGUCAUCUGGUUGUACACAUGAGGACUCACACAGGAGAGAAGCCUUAUCAAUGUCAGGAAUGUAACAAAUUAUUUGCUCGAAGUGAUACUCUAGGUGAACACAUGAGGACACACACAGGAGAGAAAUCCUAUCAAUGUCAACAAUGUAACAAACAAUUUGCUUUGAAAGGUACGUUUGUUGCGCACAUGAGGAAACACACAGGAGAGAAACGUUAUCAAUGUCAGGAAUGUAGCAACCUGUUUACACAACAUAGUAGUCUAGUUGCACACAUGAGGACACACACAGGAGAGAAACCAUAUCAGUGCCAACAAUGUAACAAACAAUUUGCUGUGAAGUCCAUUCUUGUCGAGCACACAAGGACACACACUGGAGAGAAACCUUAUCAAUGUCAGGAAUGUUGCAAACUAUUUACUCAACGCAGUCAUCUAGCUUCACACAUGAGGAGACACACAGGAGAGAAACCAUUUCAGUGUCAACCAUGUAACAAACAGUUUGCUAUGAAGGGUAAUUUUGUUGCACACAUGAGGAAACACACAGUAGAGAACCGUUAUCAAUUUCAGGAAUGCAGCAACCUGUUUAUGCAACAUAGUAGUCUAGCUGCACACAUGGGGACAUACACAGGAGAGAAACCAUAUCAGUGUCAACACUGUAACAAACAAUUUACUGUGAAGUCUAUUCUUGUUCGGCACACAAGGACACACACUGGAGAGAAACCUUAUCAAUGUCAGGAAUGUAGCAAACUGUUUGCUCACCGUAGUAGUCUAGUUGCACACAUGAGGAGACACACAGGAGAGAAACCAUAUCAGUGUCAACAAUGUAACAAACUAUUUGCUGUGAAGUCUAUUCUUGUUCAGCACACAAGGACACACACUGGAGAGAAACCUUAUCAAUGUCAGGAAUGUAGCAAACUAUUUACUCAACGCAGUAGUCUAGCUGCACACAAGAGGAGACACUUGGGAAAGAAACUAUAACAGGCUGAACAAUGUAACAAACAGUUUGCAGUGAAGGGGCCUAUACUACGAAUCAAAAUAUGGCAUAAGCGAGGUAACUUCAGGUUUAACCCAGGGUUUUCUGUACUACGACGGUGGAUCACUUGUUACCGGGGUAGAUCGCCAUGGUAGCACAUGCUGAAGGCCUAACCUGGUCGGGAGCAGGUUAAGUUGAAGAUCAGAGAUUAACCGGAAGAAAAGCCCCGCCCACUAACUCAUUCUUGACAAUAACGUCGUCACCGUUCAUAGAAGAUCCUAUGGAGUUUGGUGCGCGGAUAGAGGUGCGCUCAGAAGAGCCAGAACAUUUAGAGACCUACAAAACCCUUUCGCAUUCCCUCAUGAGUAUCUUUAUGAAAUAUAUAGAUUCUUAGCAGAGGGAAUUACGUAUCUGUGCCAGCUUCUUGAGCCGUAUGUUGCCAAUGCGACACAAUGAAGUUGUGCACUCACAGUCCCACGGACUGUAUGCAUAGCGUUUCGUUAUUUCGCUAUGGGUACUUUUAUAGUGGGUGAUACGGAGAACCUUAGCAAGAACACGAUCUGCCUCGCAGUUUGUAACGGAUUCUCUUUGACCUAUUGAGGAGUGAGUUCUAAAUAUUACCGACGCUUCCACCAGAGUGAGUGGUUAGCUAGCUUUAGUUAGCUUCCGUUACCU